GAAACACGUUUGAUGUGCAGGAAAAACGCCAUACCUGUGUAACUGCAGGCACAGUGAUUUGAGGUAGACAGUUGAUCAUCUUGGAUGGGACAGCAGGCUGCAGAAAAGUCUCAGUCAGGAGUUUCAACAUUACAUUGCGUAAAAGUAUUUUCGGUUCUCCUUUUUCAAAUCAUAUAAAAGCGCGAGAAGGAGAAGAGCAGGUUGAAUUUGGCUGAUUGACCUACGUAUUUUACAAUGGAGAGCAGCAUGUUUACCUUUCUUCUUUUGUGUUUGGUGUGGUCGAAUGUUGCUGCCAUCACUGUGGAAAUUCCUCAACAAAUGUAUGAGGCUGCCAAUGGAAGUGAUACCAAAAUACCAUGCACAUUUACAACAACAAUAACAGAGCCAACAGCAGGCGUUAUCUCCUGGUUUAGGAGGGUUCUAGAAACCACUACUGGGAAUGAGCUAAUUCUUACCUACUAUUAUCCGGACAAAAGCUAUGAUGUGCCACAAACUGUUGAUGCUAAGGGGUUUUCCAUUGAGGCGGAUUUCCUGAAGGGCCAGGCCGACCUUCUACUCAAAGAAGUCACACCAGAGGACAACAUGAUCUAUGAAUGCCGUGUCCAGGUUCGAGGGGAUGUUGAAGGCAAUAAUGCAAAUUCGGCAACUUUGAUCGUUUUGGCGGCUCCAACCACGCCCAUCUGUGAGGUGCAGGGAACUCCAGAGUAUGGCCAGAACAUCAAUCUUACCUGUGUGUCUAAUGAAGCUUCUCCCCCUGCCGAAUAUAAAUGGGAAAGUCGUGAUGAUCAGGACAAUCCUCGUGCUCUAGACCCCAAAUCUACUGAUGAAGGAGGUGUUUUGAGUCUUUUUGACAUCACCAAAGACACAUCAGGAACCUACGUCUGCACAUCCAGUAACAAAGUUGGCUCUGCUUCGUGCAGCCUCCCGCUCUCCGUCACGUCAUAGUUUAUGAUGACUUCAGUGACAAAGAUCCAGACGGGAACGAUGAAAAUGGAGAAGAGAGCUCAAAGGGUUGAUUCCAAGAGCCCACAGAUCUGCUGGAUCAUUUUGAUGAAGGAAGAAAGCGUUGCGACUUUGAUCAACGCGAUGAUUACAAAGACACAUUUUGUAAUUUCAAAUAAAUCAAAAGGAAAAAUAAA